CAUUUUUCCCUCGCUUCUCUCCUUCUCUCUCUUCCUUUUCCGUUGAUGUGAGAGGAAUAAUUCCAACUAUAUUCACAAAUUUUCUCGAUUUCUUUCUUAAACUUUUAAUUCGAAAGCAAUCAAUGGAUUUCAAUUGAUUUGCGUGUUUAAUCGCCGAAGAAAACGCGGAUUUUGUGUGUUUUUUUUCCCCUUUUUCCCCUCAAAUUCUGUUGGCGAAUUUGACCCUAAUUUCCCCCAAUCUUUGAAUGCUUCAGCUCAUCGGGAGAAACCUAGUUUUUGUUGAGAAAUUCGGAUUGUUUUGCUCUAUUUUGGCCUUUUUUGAUCGAAAUUUCGGUUUUUGAGGGGUUGUGGGAAGAGAAAUGGGGGUGGGGGUGGGGUUGGGGUUGGGUGCUGCGAUGUCGAGAUUAGGGUUAGUGUCAACUUCCGAUUACUCGUCGAUCGUUUCGAUCAACAUCUUUGUGGCUCUCCUUUGUGCGUGCAUCGUGAUCGGGCAUUUGCUUGAGGAGUAUCGGUGGGUGAACGAAUCGAUCACCGCGCUUCUAAUUGGGCUGUUCACAGGCGCUGUGAUUCUCCUUUCCACGCAGGGGAAGAACUCGCGCAUUCUCGUCUUCAGCGAAGACCUUUUCUUCAUCUACUUGCUCCCGCCAAUCAUUUUUAAUGCCGGGUUUCAAGUAAAAAAGAAACAGUUCUUUCGCAAUUUUAUCACAAUUGUACUCUUUGGUGCUGUUGGGACAUUGAUCUCCUUCAUAGUAAUCUCUCUUGGUGCUUUAGGAUUGUUUAAAAUGCUUGAUAUAAGUGACCUGGAAAUUGGAGAUUAUCUUGCGAUUGGGGCGAUCUUUUCGGCAACGGACUCUGUUUGCACCUUGCAGGUGCUUAAUCAGGAUGAAACGCCUUUACUCUAUAGCUUGGUCUUUGGCGAAGGUGUCGUCAAUGACGCUACAUCAGUGGUGCUGUUCAACGCAAUUCAGAACUUCGAUCUAGUUCAUAUCGAUGCUACUGUUGUAUUGGAAGUUGUUGGCAACUUCUUUUAUCUAUUUUUCACCAGUACCUUUCUUGGUGUAUUUGCUGGAUUACUUAGUGCCUAUAUUAUCAAGACACUUUAUUUCGGCAGGCACUCCACUGAUCGUGAAGUUUCUCUAAUGAUGCUAAUGGCUUAUCUUUCCUACAUGCUGGCAGAACUUUUAGAUUUGAGUGGCAUUCUCACAGUUUUCUUUUGUGGGAUAGUGAUGUCGCACUAUACGUGGCACAAUGUAACAGAGAAGUCUAGGAUUACCACAAAGCAUACCUUCGCUACAUUGUCAUUUAUUGCUGAGAUUUUUCUCUUUCUUUAUGUUGGGAUGGAUGCAUUGGACAUUGAGAAGUGGAAACUUGCUAGUGACAGUCCUGGAAAAACAGUUGGCAUUAGCUCAAUUCUGUUAGGCCUGGUAAUGGUGGGGAGAGCUGCUUUUGUUUUCCCACUCUCUUUUCUAUCCAACUUAACUAAGCGCUCUCCGGAAGGAAAGAUCACCUUCAAUCAGCAAAUCAUAAUUUGGUGGGCUGGCCUUAUGAGAGGAGCCGUAUCCAUUGCACUUGCUUACAAUAAGUUUACCAGAGCUGGUUAUACCCAACUGCCUAGCAACGCUAUGAUGAUCACCAGCACAAUAACAGUUGUUCUCUUCAGCACAAUGGUUUUUGGGUUUCUGACGAAGCCGCUGCUGUGGCUCUUACUACCGAUGAGACAUAACAGUAACCUGCCUGAUCCCUCUUCGAGCCAAUGGUCAAUGAACCGGUCACUCCUAGGAAGCGCACUCGAAUCCCAGCUCGAGUCAAGGCAAGAUUUCCGCUACCCAACCCUCCGCAGCAUUCUCACCAGACCGACUCGCUCCGUCCACUAUUACUGGCGUCGAUUCGACAAUUGGGUCCUCCGCCCCGUGUUCGGCGGCCGAGGCUUCGUACCCUUCGUCCCGGGCUCACCCACCGAACCGAACAUCCACACGUCUCAUGAUGUCAAUGAUGUCCGCGAGGAAAUUCCCGAGGAACAAGAACUCUAGAAAAGACACGAAAAACUUGGUGAACUAAACUACACCAUCGGCGUACGUUCCUUCGCGGUAAAUUUUCUGUGUGCUAGCACCGCAGCGAGCUUUUAUGCCGACGAGUCUCUCUGAAGUUUUGGCAUGUUGUGCAGGGCAUUCUUUUUUCAUGUAAUUGAAACAUUCCAUUUUUGGGUAAAUUCUGUACAUUAGUGUUUGAUGAAUGUGAAGCAGAUCUUCUUCUUCUUUCAUUUUUUUUGUUUGGUUUUUUGGUGUGAAUUAUUCCCAACUGUAUAGGUUAUCUUCUUGUUCUUUUCUAUGUGCUUUCUAUUUGAUGUAAGAAUAUUGCAAAUUCUGUUUGCUUUUGAAUCCUAAUGCAUCUUCAGUUCUCCACUUCUUAUAAACUCAA